AUGGAGUGCUUCGAUUCCUUCGAUGGCUUCGAGGCCGCUGAACCCUCGAGACCAGGAUGGCUCCGCGAAGAGGAUGCGGCCCUCAUCGAGGAGGACGCAGAAAGGAACGCGGAGCAGGCAGAGCGAAAUGCAACGAUGCGAUCGCUCCUGCGAAAGCGCCGGGAAGAGCCGCGCGAAGAACCAGCCGCGGAAUUGCCCGAGGCAUUCAUGGGUGUCACCGCCGCGAAGAGCUUCCCUUCAAGAAGGGCAGUGGCGGAAGAGGGCCAGCCCCCAUGGUUUGUGCCGCGGCCAUACAUCGACAACGCGGUCCUCCGAUUGCACGAGGAGAUCUUAGAUUUCGUCGAUUUCAUGCAGCAUACUCAAGAGGAGGUAAAUGCUCGGCGAAGAUGGGUGCAGACCAUUAAAGAUGCAUGCAAGGCCUUGUGGCCAGGCUGCAAGGUCUCUGUCUUUGGCUCAUUCUUCACGGGCCUCUCCCUACCCAACGGCGAUGUGGACGUGGCUGUCACUGAUGUGACGUGCAAGUGCGGCCCUGCAGGGAACAUCAUUGACACUGACACAGAGGGUUUAGGGUUUAGGGUUUCAGGUUUCGGGUUUAGGGUGUAG